AUGCCCUCGGCAUACCGCUUCUUACUCAUAUACGUCUUAUACCGCAUCUCCCCCCUCUUCAUCUCAUUCACGUCCUCGACGUCCUCGGCCGUCUGCGCCGCGCCAAUGGCAGGCGCCGUGCCGUUGAUGGGCGGCGGCCCAAUGAGCACGAUUUUCGUGUCUGCCAUUGCGUCUUGUGUUAGGAUGGUUUCGACAAACAUGCGUAUGUUGGCUUCGAAGGUGGGCCAGGGGACGUAUUCGCUAGCGCCUAUGAAGCAGGCGUCGUUUGCGCCGAGGAAGAUGGUGAAGAGGAGGGUGGGUGGCGCGUUUGGGGAGGUGGCGCGUGUGAUGAUGCGGUCGAAGUCGGAUUUCAGACGGGAGGAUGUGUAG